UGAGAUUGAGUACCUGAAAUAUGAAGAAGUUCUUCACCUUGAUCAUCAGCCAACAGAUGCAGAUGGCUCCAUCACUCUCAGUCCUGAAAACAGAUACGAGUUCAUGUUCGGGUUUGAACUUCCACAGUCAGGGUGCCUUGUUUCCUCCUAUGUGGGGAAGUUUGGCUCAGUCCGAUACUACGUGAAGGCCGUCAUAGAGAAAUCAGGCCAUCAGUAUGCGGAAUGCAAGCGAUAUUUCGAGGUGGAGGAACCCAUUGACGUCAACACCCAAGAGCUCAUGGCCCCAGUUACAGGAGCAAAACAGAAGAAAGUCACCUGCAUGUUUAUUCCCGACGGCAGCGUUUCCGUGGCCGCUCGCGUAGGCCGGAAGGGUUACGGUGAAGGAGAAGACAUAUGCAUCGAUGCUCAGUUUGAGAACUCCUGCUCUCGGAUCGUCGUUCCUAAAGCCGCCAUCAUUGCCAAGCACAUUUACCGGGCAAACGGCCGCACCAAAGAGUUUCACGAGAAGCUCACUUCUGUCAGGGGAGACCACAUCGUCUCUGGCAUGUGUGACGUGUGGCAGGGGAGAGUGCUUCGUGUGCCAAAGCUGAAGCCAACUAUCCUGGGCUGUGACAUUAUCCACGUUGACUAUUGUCUGAGGAUCUACUUGCAUAUCCCAGGAAGUGAGAAGCUCAUCUUAGAUCUUCCUCUGGUCAUCGGGACGAUCCCCUACAAUGGCAUGAACAGUCGCACCAGCAGCAUGAGCAGCCAGGACGACAGUGGCACCUCCAGCACCUGCGUGUCACUUCCGUCUUCUCCACCUAGCUACAGAGAGAUCUCCCGAGACGACCACAUUGAGAGUUCCUUCAUUCCUCUCCUAGAUGAUUAUGACGAGGAUGACAGUCCUAUAUUCAUGCGCAUUCAUGCGCUCCCCCCUCCCCCAGCAUACACUGAGCAAAACUAAGACUGCAUCGGAAGUGGAGUUCUCCUUCAAAAGAGACUCCAACGGAAGAUCAAAUGCAGGGAGAUUCAGAUUUCAGAUCUCAGAAUGACACUGCUAAUGGACUAUGCAUGCUUGACUUCAGAGUUGCGGACUAUGAAAUGCUAUGUCACGCCAAGAACUGGUUGAUUGCAAGUCGGUGAAGUCGUCUGAAGCUGGACUGUUUUGCUGAUGUAAGAACCCACCUCUUGAAAAUGACCACUGACGUCUUCAUGUUUAAUUCUGAAGAAUCCUCAGAAUCUGAGAGAGUUUUUACAUUUAUGAUUUUGCCAUAUUGGCAUAAUAUUCUGUCUGCACAUAUUUCAAAUUGGAAAGUGUUUGUGGUAGAUAAGCCUUCGGAUUAUAGAGACAAUAUUUUUGUAAUGCACAAAAAUUUUAUGCAGUUUUGUGAGUGGAAACAAUUAUAUAUCAUUAUGAGUUGUUUGCUGAGCUGUUGGUGUGCUGUGUCUAGUAUUACAGUCUUUCCUAGCAGCAUGUGUAUUUCUAAUUUAAUAUAGAAAUUAGAAUAUGCAUAUAUAGUAUAUAGUCAGUUUUUAAUAGUAUAUAAUUGAGUAUUACUGUCAAGUUAAUCCACUUUGAAAUUUGAAACGGAUGGUUAUGUGCAUUUUGUACUCUUG